UACCCCAUUACAUGGUGUUGGGCGUCGUUCUCAUGAGAAAGAGUUUAUUAAUUGACAAGAUUAGCCUUCAAAUUAUCUAUUGACAUUUUCAUUUCAGGUCAUUAUCAUAAUUAUUAUAUUCUGUGUUUGAUCUCGUAUAAUUAUGUCCUCUAUUCUCUCAACGUACAGGGUAAAUAUGAUAAUUGUUAUUAUUGUUAUAUUGAGAUGAGUAGCUCUAGUUCUAGUGACUCUGAACAAUCACCUAGUGAAUUCGAGGUUUCAUUAUUACGUUUACCUAUUGAUUUAAAAGUAAAAUCUCUGGAUAAAUCAGAAUUAUUAGAGCUAGGCAAACAGUUAGGUAUUCACAUCCCUCAAUCUGUUAAUAUUGAAUACUUGAGAUUCGCUGUUGACUUGGCAAAAAAAGUUUGUAUUUAUGUGGACCACGAUUCAGGAGCUAGAGAUGCUCUAAGUCGAUUACUUAAGUUAGGGUCCCUGUCUCAACGCGAUCGUAUUAUCUUCCCUAUGUUAGCCGAUUACGAGCGAAUAGUAGGCAAGCUAGGCAGAAAUCAAGAACACAUCUACGACACAGUAGCUCCCGAUAACUUAGCAAAUAUCCUAAUUCCAGAAAAUAAUAUGGCAGGGAAUGAUAAAAGACCCUUUGCGAAACCCGAAAGCUAUGGGGGUACAAAGAGUGAAGACUUCAACGAGUGGUUGAAAACCUUCAAUAGGGCAGCAAAAAUAAAUAAGUGGGAUGAGGAUGAUAAAAUCUUGUAUUUACCCCUCUACCUCAAGAAAACAGCAUUGGCAAUUUUCGACAUAUUUUCGGAUAAAAAUGAAAACGCGACAUUUCUUGAUGCAGUAGGCCACUUAAAAAGUAAACUUGUAGACCCUGUUCAUGAAGAGACAACCAGACAAAAACUCGAAAACAGAAACAAAUUACCAACAGAAACAUACACAGAAUACACAGCAGAUAUAAUAAAACUUUGUCACAUUCUUGAGCCUCAAAUGUCAGAGAAAAGAAUAGUAGGAUAUGUUUUGAGAGGCUUAGACGUAGGAGCAUUGCAACAUGUUGCUUUCAUGGACAAUGCAUCAGUUGAAGAUUUAGAGAAAAAUCUCGCCAAAUAUGAAAGAUCUCGCUUCCUUCUAGACAAAAAGUUAGGAAUGCAUAAUGCUUCAAUCCUGUCAGAUGACGAAGAAGACGAUUGCCAGUUCAAGCAGAAAGGCCUCUGCUUGAUUCCGAGGAAAAAGAUGUCGAACUCCGCCACCCAAGCCACUUGUCUCCACCUUCUAACAUCAGAAGCAGACGUAUCGGAGCUACGAGAAGUCUGCAAAUUUGAUUGUAAAGCAACUGACAAUCAAACCCUAAUCACUCGCCUACGAGAAGACACCUUCCUAUUCCACAACACCGGCAAAAAGACGACAAUUCGCUGUAAAAACUCAACAACUGAGGUCCCAAGCAACAGUCCAGGAACCCUAUCACUCCACAUCCCUUGCAACUGCGAACUUCAAGACGACAACGGCGACGUACUGAUAAGCACUCUUUAUCCUUGCGACUCCCGUUCCCAUCCUUCUCCAGCUAUUAAUAACUUAAUUCCUCACAUGUGGACAAAUUUAUCUAAAUUGAGCAUCCCAAUUUUUAAACAUGAGACUCUGCCUCAGUACUUAAACCUUUCGGAAAUCUUAAAUGAAAAUUGGCACUUGAAUUUUUCAAAAUUUGAAGAGCACAACUCAUUCUCAGAAGACAUUUUCCAUCAUGUUGAAAUGCCAAAUAACUUUGAUUUGUUAGGGGUGAACAAUAAACUGAUCAUUUAUAUUAUUAUUGUCUGGCAAACACUGAUAACUGUUAUAUUCUUGUAUUUAUGUCUUCAAAAUUAUAUUAAGAAGAAAGCAAAUCAACUGAGAGUCCCGAAACGUACUCCAAUUGUGGACUACCCACAGGAGCUUUAAGAAUAUAUUGUGUUUUAGUAAAGUAGUAUGUAAUGAAAUCAUUAAAAUAAUGGGUUAGGAUAUAGGAAACUAUGCAAAUAAUAAUUACUUAUUCACUAUUAUUGUAUCCAUUUACUCUUUUAUGCUAUCGAUUCAAAUAUUUUCCCAGAUUAGAAGAUAAACUAUUUCAAUUAUUAUUAUUAUUCUUAUUUUCAAGGUCCACAAUAUUAUUUUGCUUACUCGAAUACU